GAACGAGGGGUGCCGGGUCUCGGCCACGAAUCUCGCUUUACCCGAGGCCACCUUCUUAAAAAAAAAAUCUCACAUGUUUUUCGCAACGAAAACGCAUCAAAAAGCUAUACCGACAAUUCCAGUGUAUAGCGUUACAGCCAAUAGAACUUAUAGUCUACAGACUCCGGACAGACAGGCGACUUCGAGCCACGCCACCCAGCGCACGAGAGCAGGAUCGAACCUGGAAUUUUCACAUGCACUCUUCCCGAUCUAAUUCGAUGGAGUGCCAUUUCGUUGCCAACGACUAGUGCUUAUGCAUUGCAUUCUCGCCCGUGUCGAUUCCAGUGUCUCACGCGAGAGUGGAUGUCGGAUGACAGAAACGGGACGUCGUUCGCGCAACUCUCCACAGACUUUUCCAUUUCGUUUCCCUUCGGUUUCCCUCACUCGAAAAGGUCUCGCCCCCCUGUGAGGUGCGUUUCGGUCCACUCCUCUCCUGCUAGUGAAAUCUCACUUCGUGCACGUGCUAAAGACGACGGUGAUCCCCUCGAGGAGCGAUAGCCGUUGCCGGAAUGGACGGAUGCGGAAGAUGCGUGCAAUGUUCUUUCUUCGUCGUCAAUGUCGUCAUCCUGCUCGGGGGCCUGGCGCUAUCGGCGUGGGGGAUCUGGCGGGUGGCGGACGGGGCGGAGGUCGACUCGCUGCUCGACACGCACCUGUUCUUCGGGGCGGCGUGCAUCCAGAUCGCGACGGGGCUGGUGGUCGUCUUCCUCGCUGCACUCGGGUUCUGCGGGGUCUUCAAGCGGGGGAAGUGCAUGCUCGUGGCGUAUUCCGUCCUCCUGUUCUUGCUGUUCGUCGUGCUGCUCGUGGCCGAGAUCCUGGGAUACGUGUUCCUCGACCGAGUCGAGGAUGCGGUCGACACGGCGCUGAAGAAGGCGCUGGUCGACUACGACGACGGGGCGCAGGCCCCCGUCGGGCUCGCCUGGGACCAAGCGCAGAGAGAGGUGACCGGAUCUUCCAUCUUCCAUCUUUUCAUCUCGGCACGCCCUUGA